UGUUAUCGAAAGGGGCCCCACCUCUAGUCGACGGGGCAAAAACAAACGACUGCGUGAAAAUGCCAAAUUACCAGGAUAUUUAGCGUAAUUGGGGAUUCUCUGCGCGGGAGCAUGGACAUAGCCACCAUCGAGCUGAGCGUCGAGGCGCUGAUUGGGUCGCUCCUGGCCCUGGGCGUCCUGUUCGCCUUCUGUCGCAGUCUGCUCGCCGAGGACUUUGUGAGCACCUUCAAAACACGUCACAGCUGGAAAUCGAUAAAGGUCUUGGAGCAGGCCUGCUUCUGCAACGUCUGCGAGAUCCUGCUGACCCCCUCCGCGGGACUCUUCUGCGACUGCUGCGGCCUGUGCACCCAUGCCACGCCCCCCUGCCAGCGAAGGGCGGAUAGGGAGUACCGCUGCAAGGACAAGUGGCUGCGCAACGAGUCCUCCGUGCGGCACCUGUGGGUCCACGGCAACCUGCCCAUGGGCGUGCAUUGCGCCGAGUGCCAGGAGGAGGUCGAUCACCAUGUGGCCACCGAACCGGGAUUGUAUGGCUGGCGGUGUGCCUGGUGCCAGCGGUGCUACCACAACGAUUGCUACUCACGCGUGGAUUCCAAGGGCGCCUGCGACUUUGGCGAGUUCAGGGACAUGAUCUUCCCGCCCUACAGCUUCGUGGCCGCCCGGACCAGGGACUCGAUGCGCCUGCACCUGGCCAGCAUCACGCCGCCGGACAUCGAGAACUGGGAGCCACUGAUUGUGAUUGCCAACACCAAGUCGGGCAGCAGCACGGGCGCCAAUGUGCUGUCCCUGCUGCGCGGCUACCUGCAUCCGCUGCAGGUGAUGGAGCUGGGCUCGCGCGGUCCCCAGGACGCCCUCCAGUGGGCGGCCAAGGCCAGUCCGCGACCAUGUCGCAUACUGGUGGCCGGCGGCGAUGGCACCAUCGGCUGGGUGCUCAAUACCAUUUAUGCGCUGAACAUCAAGCCCCAGCCCUCGGUGGCCAUCAUGCCGCUGGGCACUGGCAACGAUUUGUCGCGAGUUCUGGGCUGGGGAGCCGAGCCCCCCUCGGUUCUCGAUCCUGUCGAAAUCCUGCGCAGCAUACGGCGUGCCCGAUCCGUGAAUCUCGACCGCUAUGACCUGCAGAUCGAGAAACUGCACUACCGGCUGCCCAUCCAGAGGCAUCCCACGAAGACCAUUCAUGUGUACAACUAUUUCAGCGUGGGCGUGGACGCGUUCAUCACCUACAACUUUCACAAGACGCGCGAAUCUCGAUUCUAUCUGCUCAGCAGUCGGAUAUUCAAUAAGCUUCUGUACUUCACCUUUGGAACGCAGCAGGUGAUGCAACCGGGCUGCGAGCACCUCGAGGAGAAGCUGACCCUGUACCUGGACAACAAGCCAGUGCAACUGCCGGAGUUGCAGGCACUGGUGUUCCUAAAUAUCGAUUCCUGGGGAGCUGGCUGCAAGUUGUGCGAGCUGAGCAACUCGAAUGGCGAAGUGCGAAUGGUGAACUCCAUCUCCGAUGGCCUGAUGGAGGUGUUUGGCAUUGUCUCCUCCUUUCACAUCGCCCAGCUGCAGUGCAAUAUAAGCAAGCCGGUGCGAAUUGGCCAGGCCAAGCAAAUAAGGCUGCAAGUCAAGGAGACGGUGCCAAUGCAGGCGGAUGGCGAACCCUGGAUGCAGAGUCCUGCGGACAUACGUUUGUCCUCGCGCAGCCAGGCCCGCGUUCUCAAGCUGGCCGCCACCUAA